GUUGAGGGCGCUGCCAGGAAGGCGCACAAGGAUGCGUUCAAGGGCGGGCCCAAGCCGGGCAGCCACCCGCAGCCCCGCGGGGUCUGGGCGCGGCAGAAGCUGGCCCCGUGGGAGCAUGACAAGCUCCAGCGCCAGGACAGCGAGCUGGCCGCCCUUCGGCAGCAGGUCGAGGCGCUCAAGGCGGACAGCGCCAAGGCCAAGCUCACAGCCCUCAGUGACCUCAAGGAGGAGCUCCAGAAGCUCGGGGGAGGCGAGCAGGCCACGAGCUGCGUCAAAGCUGUGGAGGCCAAGUACUCAGAGCCGCCCAAGCCCAAGAGCCUUCCAGCCCUCGAAGGGCAACGCAGGAAGCUCGAGGGGCAGCUCCAGAAGGCGCUCGGCAAGGUCGCAGAGCUCGAGGACCAGAGCGCCAAAGACUCGGUCGCUGAGCUCAAGGGCAAGCUGCAGGCGGCCGACGCCGAGAUCGAGUCCCGCCACGCCGCAGGCGUCCUCGGCGACGGGCUCAGGGGCUUGGCCAAGGUCCUCGAGCAGUUCAAGGCUACGGCAGUGGAGAACCAGGCAGUACUCCACGGACUCAUCCAGUUGCAGGACGUCGUCAAGAAGGAUCAGGCGAGAGUCACGAGCAGCGGCGCAAGCGCAUCAGCGACCUCAUCGGGACACAAUUCAAGAGGCCUCGGGUUUGAUAGCCUGUGGCUCUACACGGUCAAUGCGAACACCGAGAAGGGUUAUCGGGAUUUCCUCGACUGGCUUGACGGCCUGCACAGUCUCGGCGUGGCAGGGCCGACGAGGCGGCCAGCUGCAGAUAUCACCUUCGUGCAGGAGACGCGGGUGCGAGAAGGCGGCAGAGAGGCAGUCCAGCGGUGGCAUCGCAAACGUGGCUUCGACUUUGACCUGGCUGCAGGGCUCAGCACGGGUGAAGGGCCACUGUCUGUCUCAGGCGGGGUGGGCAUCGGUGUGCGGCAGCGGCUUGCGGUCGUCGCGAUCGACACCGAGUUCAGGCAGCCCCACCGCGUACUCAGACGGGUGGUCAACAUUGGCGACGGGCUCGCCAUCGAUCUCAUGUCGGUCUACCUUCGCGGCGGCGAGGGCAUGAGCGAGGCCAACGCGGACGUCCUAUGGGACGUAGCGUCGCAGCUCAGAGUGGCGGCUCGGCCGUGGAUUCUAGCUGGUGGCUUCAACAUGGACCCCCUUCCAGAUCGCGGCGUGGGCGGCUACGGCUGGGGUGAGCUGGACUACGAGAUCAUCUCCGACGAGCUCCAGCACUUCGUGUUCAGCCAUGGGCCAGUGGUCGAAGCCCCGAUCGGGCCGCACAGCCCCGUCCUGUUGGAAAUUCGAGGGCUGCAUGCGGACGCCGCGGUGCAGCAGCUACACCGCACAGCGCGGCUGCCGUUUGAUCGGGCCAUCGGCUGCACUCCCUGGGUCCCGCUGCCUGCCUGGACCUGGGAAGAGGGUGCGGUCCCCUCUAGCCCGAGGGCUGCCAUGCAGGAGUGGAUCAGGCAUGCCGAGGGCUACCUUCUCCCGCUCUACGACCUGUACGGCGACGAUGCUCAGAAGUUCGCAGGCAGGGCGGACGGAGUGCGCCUCGUCAACGUCUCGAUCGCCGACGCCAGCCGUCGCCGCUGGGCGCAGCUCAGCUCGCAGGAAACCCACGCCUGGGGCGGUCUUGUCAGCCUGCUGCAGCGGGCCGACCUGCUGGCGGCGCGAGGGAAGGACGCCCAGGGCCUGGCCAGCCUGGACAGCCGCCUGAAUGCGAUGCGCCUGGGCGGCAACGACGGCAGCUGUGGCCCUGUGCCCAGGGGGAAGCUGGGCGCCGCAGCUACCUCCAGCGACGCAACAUUGAGGAGGAGGCUCAUCGAGCACGCCAGGGCUCAGCACCAGGCCAGCCAGAGCAGCGACGCUGCAGCAGCCAGGAAGCAGUGGCAGGCCUGGGCCAAGGGCGCGGCCACAGGCGGGGGGAAGCUGGCCCAUCGGUUCUCCAAGCCCGAGCCGCUGGCCAAGGCGACCCUCGUCACGGCUGACGAGGACGAGGGCGACGCGCUUCCCGUCAACGGCGGCGAGGCAGUGCAGCACUGCCUCAAGGAGUGGCCCCCGCUCUGGCUCGACCCUCGACGGCGAGGAGGGCUCGAGGAGGCGGCCAGCUGGGAGGCAACCGAGCCGCUGCCGCACCUUGAGGUGGACAGCCUCAGGUACCUGCUGAAGCGGUACGGGAGGCAGCUGCUCCGCUUGGACGAGUCCUUCCUUGUCAGGCUCCUCGAGGUACUGGCCAGCUGGGAGGACGCGCCCGAGGCCCACCUGGACUGGCCCCCGGUCAUCGUCUUCCGCGCCAAGGCCGACGGUGGCAGGAGGCCAAUUGCGCUCACCUGCCUGCAGAUUCGGCUCUGGUCGGCCAUGCGAGGGCCCAUCGUCAGGGAAUGGGAGGCGAAGCGCCAUGAGGCAUGGUACAUCGGAGGCGAGCUCAACGCGUGCGAGAGGGCUGGCUGGGUACACCAGGCCCUAACAGCCCUGGCCUACGAGAAGGGCCUCAGCACGGGCACGGCCCUGGGCGACCUGCGGAGGUUCUACGAGAACAUCAGCCACAAGGAGCUCUUGGUGGAGGCGAACUCUACGGGCUCCCCAGUCAAGCUCCGCAGGGCCUGCUGCGUCACGUACUCGGGCUACAGGGUCAUCGCGGUGGACGGGGCCUGCAGCGCGCCCUUUCGGGCUACGGGCACGGUGCUCGCAGGCUGUUCAUGCGCUACGGGCAUUGCCAAGCUCCUCCUCUUCAGGUCCUUCAAGAAGGUCGCGGCCUUCUACCCCAGCGUGCGGCUGGGCAGCGUCGUCGACGACUUCACGCUCCAGACGGUCGGCACCACGGGCAUGGUGAAGGCUGUGCUCGGACCCGCCAUGCGCAUGCUGUUGGGCUGCUUUGGCGAGAAGAGGGUGCCCGUCCACUUCGGGAAGCUUUGCUGUCUCACACCCGACGCAGAGGUUGCGAGACAGCUGGAGUCGGAGUGGCCCGCCGAGGACGGCAGGGCGCAGCGUGGCAGGCUGCUGGGGAACGACGUGCACGACGGGCGCUGGAGGCGCACAGCCAUCGGGGCGCAGCGCGUUGAGGAUGCGCUGGCCAGGUCUCGGCGGCUGCAGAUACUGAGGACGGCUGGCGCUAAGGUCGCCACGGUGCAGAGGGGCGGCCCCGCGGCAGCCGCCACCUGGGGCUCAGCCACGUGCUUCCCCAAAGGCAUCGAGAGGGACCCCGCGGUGGUGAACGCGGGCCAGGUCGUGCUGCAGUUCGGCAUGGCGCUCUGGCAGGGCUACCCCACCCCGUUCGCCCUCAGCACGCUGCUGGAGAAGGCCAAGCAGCGGCUCGUGUCGGCGAAGCGGCCAUGGGCAACCUGCAGGGACCCCGUGGCAGCCUUUCUCCUCACCAUCAACAGGCUCGGCUGGUCCAUCGAGGGCUGCAGGUAUGUCACCACGGACCAGGGGUUAGAGGUCGACCUCGCCAGGGUCUCGCCGUCCUUCAGCAAGGAGCUCGCAGAGGGCGCGGCCAAGAGGUGGUCGGACCGCGACGCCACCUUCAGGCUCUACCCCCACCAGAGCUCGGAGCUUUUCUGGGGCUCGCUGCAGCGUCUGGGCAGGACCAAGGAGUCGCUCGGCUGGCAGCAGCACCAGCGGGCGGCACUCCACUCAGUCAUUUCAGGCACGGUCCUUUCCCAGUCGCGGCUCUACAAGAGAGGCAUGGCCUCAGAGUGGGAAUGCCUCAUAUGCAGGAGCGCUCCUGGCACAAUCUGGCACAGGCUGUACGGCUGCGAUGGCCACGCGGCCUAUCGCAAGGACGAGGCCUCGCCCGAGCUCCUUCGGCACGCGGAGGUGGCACGGGCUGCAGGAGGCAACUGUGGCGAGAUGUUCGGCAGGUGCCUCUUCCCGUCGCUCGACCACGUGAUCCGGAGGCGAGACCCCGAUGGAGACCCAGUUCGGUGGUUCCAGCGACCAGCCUCGGGGUAUCUCACAGGCCUCAUCUUCACCGACGGCAGCGCGGUCGGCACGCGGUGGCCAGAGCUGCAGCGCGCGGGCUGGUCGCUCGUGCAGUGCGACGGGCAUGGGCGCAUGGUCGCUGCAGCAUGGGGUUGGGUGCCCCUCUCCAUGGCGCCGCGGCAGGGAGCGCGGGACGGCGAGGACUACGCCUACCACAUGGCGGCGUUUCUUUGCGAGGGCCACAUCGACUUCCAGACGGACUGCUCAGGGACGGUGGCCUGCGCCCUGCGGGGGGCAGCAUGGGCAUGCCGCCCUGGGUCCCCGAGGGCCCACAUGUGGAACGCGUUCUACGCCUCCUUCGACAGCUCACGGAGCUACACUGACACCAAGGUGCUGGCCCACGCCACAGCUGCCGACGUGGAGGCUGAUCGCACGACCUGGUGGCAGCGAGCAGGCAACAAGCUCGCCGACGAGGCAGCGAAGGAGGGCGCUAAGCUGGCGCUGGCAGACGACCAGCUGGACUUCGCCUACGGCCUCGAUCUCAUCGCCAGACAGGCGAUGGUCUUCACGGGCAAGCUCCACGCGCGCAUGGCGGAUCGGAAGCAGAUCGACCACGCCAGCGACGUCAUCCUGGAGCUCGCUGAGCACGAGGAGAGCUACGAGGAGCCCGAGGCCAGUGGUGGCCACGCUGCCGAGGCCUCCUGGGUGGCUGCAGGAGCAGCGGUGGUGGCCCUCGCAGCGGCGCGAGCCUCGGCGGAGGGCGAUGAGCCCCCUGCGGCCCGUCGACCACGCACGCCUUGGUCGAUCGGAGGCCACGCCAUCGUCGAGAGGGCCAUCACUGUGCCUGGCACGGACGGCUCCACCAUGGUCCACUGCGUGAAGUGCUACGCCUAUGCCCACCAGCGCAUGAUGGGCAUCCUGAGGCCGUGCGGCUCGGGGGCAGGACGUGAGCCACAGACGGAUAGGAUUCGCAUAGGGCUCUUCCCUAGCGUGAAGGGCGGCCGUGGUGCAUGGCGCCUCGGGGAGCAGCGCUUUCCCUCCGAGGCCUGGCAAGUGAAAUUCGGCCAGAGGCUCGGGCCCCCCGCCGCCCCCGAGGCCAGCAGGGCCACGGGCAGUGGGCAGCUGG